GGGUUUGUCGCGCAGUGCACCGACCUGUGCCACUACUCAAGCAGUCACACAACCACUCUUGUGGGUAAAGUGCACGAUUUGACCUCAACGCCGCACCUUACCCUGCUCUACGCAAUACAGCAGUUUUAUGCAGAAUAGUACAAAUUUCAUAAUUUACACUCUCAAACAUAAACCAUUAGUUUUUCAAACAUUGCCGUGUUGUUUAAGCGAUUAAAUGAAUACAGCUUGCAUGGUGGGGACAACGACAGUGGUGGUGGUGAUGGUGCUGAUGGGAUCGAUGGACUGAGAGUACGUGGCAGCUGUAGCAGCGUCACCAUUCAUAUUGCACGACCUACUGUGCUCGACUGCCAUUCGGCAGGACGUGAGUUCACAUCCCGGCUGGGGGUUGACUAAAGGUCAUUAUCCCUCCAGAGUCGAUGAUAUCUCUUCUACUCUGUGAGACGUUAACGAAUGUAGUCCCCCCGUCACGGCCACGUGGAAAUUCCAACAUUGGCUCACGUCCGUCAAUGGGACGUGAGCGGGUUGGUCACCUUCACAUUCUAAAUAGUAUUAAAAAUAACAAUGCGUAUUCAAACUUAUUUCAGUCAUCGCAUCCGCUUGAUUGCUGCUCUUAUCCCAUCGUGCAUUCCUGUGCGGUCAGCCUUCGCUUCCACCCUUCCAAGCGUGGGCAGCGUAUUACCAAGGAGCACAUCGCCACGGCAGGAUCCAGCUCCGAGUGUCGCUCCGACAGAGCAGAAUGGAACUCAUUAAAUAUCCCAGACUCGCAUUGCUACAGCGCCGUUGGUGCCGGUGCACGGACAUUUAAUUUAAACUUCCAAUUUCGCGAAGGGGCAUUGGUGGAGUUUUUUUCCUAUUUUCUUCCCAGAGCCCUCGUACACACCACUCGGCCUCCCCCCACCCCACCUCGACGAGACGCCCGCUGCAGUGAGAGGCAGGGCUGGCAUAAAGCUCCUGUCAAAUCCAGCCCCAAUGGGGGGGCCUUGGUCGUAAGGAGGAGGAGUCGAUCUUCCUGCAGUUUGGCGCCACGGUGCAGCAGCAGUCGCGCGUCAUCAUGCGCAUCAUGGAGGAGUACGACUGGAACAGCUUCUCUAUCAUCACGACGCACUACGCGGGCUACCAGGACUUCAUCCACCACCUGCACGUCACGGUGGAGAACAGCUUCGUGGGCUGGGAGCUCGAGUCCAUCCUCACGCUGGACAUGUCCGAGGACGACAGCGACAUCAAGACCAAGGCGCUGCUGCGCAAGGUACAGACGCAGGUCAUCGUGCUCUACUGCAGCAAGGCGGAGGCCGUGCACCUGUUCGGCCUUGCCGAGAACGUGGGCCUCACGGGCUUUGGCUACGUGUGGAUCGUGCCGGGCCUGCGUCCCAGCGGCUCCAGCGAGGUGCCGACGCAGUUCCCCGUGGGCCUGCUCACCAUCACGUACGACGGCUGGCAGAGCAACCUUCCGCACCGUGCCAUGGAGGGGGUGGCCGUGAUCGCCAUGGCCGCGUUCAACAUGUUCACCGACCUGGGAUACGUCCCCGACAGCAAGCUGACGUGCGACGACACCACGGUGGUCAACGCCAGCGUGUGGGAGACGUACUACGCAUACCUCCACAACAUCACGUGGAAAGGCAGGGACCUAUCAUUCAACAGCGACGGCUACCUGGAGAAGCCCUCGAUGACGGUCAUGGUGCUGAACAACGGCCGCAUGUGGGAAAAGGUCGGGAAGUGGGAGGGCGACGCGCUCACGCUCAAGUACUCCAUCUGGCCGCGCUACGGCACGCGGCCGCCCCCCGGCGUGGAGGACCGCCACCUGAGCGUCGUGACGCUCGAGGAGAGGCCCUUCGUCAUCGUGGAGGACGUGGACCCCAUGGCCGGCACGUGUCUGCGCAACACCGUGCCCUGUCGCCAGCAGAUCAUCACCCUGGGGAAUCAUUCUGAGAGCAACUCAUUUGUGAAAAAAUGCUGCAAGGGAUUCUGCAUCGACAUUCUGAAAAAACUGGCAAAAACGAUUAAAUUUACCUUCGAUCUUUACCUCGUGACAAACGGGAAGCACGGGAAGAAAGUUCGAGGUGUGUGGAAUGGAAUGGUAGGCGAGGUGGUGUACAAGCGCGCAGACCUAGCCAUGGGCUCGCUGACCAUAAAUGAGGAACGCUUGGAGGUUAUCGAUUUCUCCGUGCCCUUCGUGGAGACGGGCAUCAGUGUGAUGGUGUCCAAAGGGAAUGGGACCGUCUCCCUCUCCGCCUUCCUGGAGCCGUACAGUGCCGCCGUUUGGGUGAUGAUGUUUGUCCUCUGUUUAUCCGUGGUGGCCAUCGCUGUGUUCGUAUUCGAGUACAUCAGCCCCAAGGGCUACAACCGCAACCUGGCCACCGGAUCAGCGCCUGACGGACCGACUUUCACGAUCGGAAAAUGCAUCUGGUUGCUGUGGGCUCUGGUCUUCAACAAUUCGGUGCCGGUCGAAAACCCACGGGGAACCUCGAGCAAAAUCAUGGUGCUCGUCUGGGCCUUCUUUGCCGUGAUCUUUCUGGCGAGCUACACAGCCAACCUGGCUGCCUUCAUGAUCCAGGAGGAGUACAUUGACCAGGUGUCUGGCCUGAGCGACAAGAAGUUCCAGAAGCCCAAUGAGCAAAACACACCGCUUCGCUUUGGCACCGUUCCCAAUGGAAGCACCGAGAGGAAUAUUCGGAACAAUUAUCCAGAAAUGCACAACUACAUGUCCCGCUACAACCAAAAAUCAGUGGAGGAUGCACUUGAGAGUCUCAAGAAAGGGAAACUGGACGCAUUCAUCUACGACGCCGCCGUCCUCAACUACAUGGCGGGCAAGGACGAGGGCUGCAAGCUGGUGACCAUCGGCAGCGGCAAGGUGUUCGCCACCACGGGCUACGGCAUCGGGCUGCAGAAGGCGUCCAAGUGGAAGAAGCACAUUGACCUGGCCCUGCUUCAGUUCAUGGGCGACGGUAACACAAGCGCAGUGCGGCAACGGCACAUAGGGUUGCCACCUGGCCCGGUUUUCCCAGGAUCGUCCUCUUGUCGAGACGAAAUUGACGAGCUGGAGAACAUCUGGCUGGCCGGUAUCUGCAAGAAGGAGAAGAACGAGGUGAUGAGCAGCAAGCUGGACGUGGACAACAUGGCGGGCGUCUUCUACAUGCUGGUGGUGGCCGUGGGCCUCAGCCUGCUGGUGUUUGGGGCCGAGCAUCUGUUCCACCGCCGCUUUGGCCGCUCAAAGGCGCGAGCUUCCUUCGAGACGCCACGCUUCCUGCUGGCCAUCAGCCGGGGCAUCUACAGCUGCCUCUACGGCGUGGAGAUGGUGGAGGAGCGGCGCUACUACCUGCCCCCGCCCCAGGGUGCGCGCCCGGAGGAGCCCCGCGCGCGGCGCCUGUUCGGCGCGGCGCGCGGCGUCUUCCGCGGCAGGCGCGAGCGCGGCGGGGGCCAGGGGGGGGCCCCCGACGCCGACCGGGGCCCCCCGUCGUGCGCGCAGAACCCCCUGCUGCACCCGGCGGGGGCGGACGCCGCCCAGCGGCAGGUCGCGAGCUUCGCCGAGGCGGCCUGCGGCGACGCGGUGAGCGCCGUGUGCGCCGGGGCGCCGCGGGGGCGGCCGCGGUUUGCCGCGCCGCUCCCCCCCGUCGGCCGCCCGUACUUCUUCUCCACCGGCCAGCCCACGGUCGCCGCCGCGGCCGCCACGGCCGGCGCCGCGGCCGACGCGCUGCCCUACGGGCUGGGCGCCGGCGUGCGCCAGCAGCUCAGCUGGGAGACGGACGGGGAGAGCUGGCUCUACGCGAGCGAAAAGAGCGGGGAGGGAUGCGCGGGCGGUGCUCCCACGAUACCCGGCUGCGGUGGAGGAGGAGGAGGAGGAGGUGGCAGCGGGGCUGCGGCCACCGGCGCAACCUCGCUGAGCGGCGGCGGCAGCUGCCAGAGCAUACCGUGGAGGUGUGCGCUGCACAGCACGUACGACAUGCUGCCCCCGCAGGCCCACAAGUCGAAGAGGGCGGCCCCGAGCCGCGUGGCGUCGCUGUCUCCGCCGCCCGCGCGGCCGCCGCAGGGCCCGCCGCGCUACGCGGGGCCCGGCAGCGCCGACGUGGACCUCAUCCCGCACGAGAGCGGCGGCGGUAGCCAGGAGACGCCGCCCUCGUGCUGCUCCAGCGAGCCGCAGGUGGCGUGCCGCGUCCCGCCGCCGGCCCCGCCGCCGCCGCGCCGCCCGGGACACUACCGCCGACCUCUCAGCUGCACGAGGGGCAUGACGAUCAACGACGACGACGUCGCCGGCGCUGACGAAGACGGGGACGAGGACGAGGACGACGGGGGCGGAGGGGGGUGCGGCGACGACGACGACGAAGCCGCCUCCGAGAGGGGCUCCUGCGCCGCCGCCACCGCCUCGGACGACCGCUUCGGAGGCUCCCCCGGCGCCGGCAGGAGGAGAGGCGGCUUCCACGACGGGGGGCGGGAGGAGGCGCACGCCGAGCGGUGCCCCUACUGGGCGCCGGCGGCCGCUCGCCUCGGCGGGCAGAAGGCCGCGUCGCGCUCCAUGGUGUGCCUGGAGCGCUGCCACAGGCGCUCCGCUGAGACGGGCAGCUUCAGGUCGUCGGGGCCGCCCGUGUGUCCCUGCACGCCCGAGGCCAAAGGCUCGGCCAGAAGUCAGGGGGGCCCGGCAAAGGGCCGCCGGAGGGACGGCAAGGGCUCCGCCCUGUCCAUGAAGCACCACACGCUGCCCAUGUCGUUUCUGUCCAAGAGGUCAGACUUCAAGUACGCGCACGCGCACCUCUCGGGCUACGAGUCGGAGGUGUGAGCGCCGAGGGCGCCAGUGGCCGGCGGCAACUCGAGGAGGAGGAAGAAGAAGAAGCAGCAGCAGCAGCAGCACGUGACUGUGAGGGACGAUGAGAUCUAUUUUUUAAAUGUAGCUGACGAGGCGUCGAUGUGCCAGCUACAAAGUCUUAUAAUCUCGGUUUAGUUGCAAUCGCAGUUUUCUACUUCUGGCUAUUAGAGAUUUUUUGCUAUGCAAACAAAUAGUGUAAAUAUUUACGGCUUAAAACUGCUCGAAGCGCGAUCGUCAAGCGAAGGGCCGUGGACUCUGGAGAGCCGUGCAGUCGCUGUGACAAUUCAACGAGAUAUGGAUUGCUUCUCUCUGAGUAUGAUGUCUUUUGUUCGGUCCACGUAGGUAACACAUUGCUUUAAUCCCACCGGUACCAAUGAGUCAUGAAGAGUGAUGCAAAAAAAUGUAAAAAAACAUCCUCUCAUAGGGAAAAAAAAGUAAUUGAGGUUUUCUGUAGAUGCAUCGACACACGUGGCUUCAUAAAGAGUUUGACAGUGUAAGUCAUGUUGAAAAAUAACACUUUGGAGACCUUUAUAUUCAGUAAAAUCCCAUAAUGGCAAAUCUGGAUACAGUGUCCUGUUAUAUGUCCUGUUAUAACGAGCACCACGAACCAGAAAUGUGCAUUGCUGAAUAUACCGCGUGUCCAUAAAGUUAUCGUCUGUUGUUAAAGAAUUACAGACAGCGGGUUGAACCGUUGGGUUGAAAUGCUGGCUCCGUAUUCGCUGUACACAGUCGUGGGUUUUUGUUUUACCAAACACUUUGAGUGAUCUUGUUUAUCAUUACAUUAGAAAAUAUCACGGCUCAGACGUUGGUGACUCUCUCUGAUCCCGACGUGACGCCCGGCGGCCACGUGGAGGUUUAGAGGGGCCAGCAUCUUACGAUGAAAUAUUCAAACGAGCAGCUGUCUAAUUGUAAAUUCUUUAAUAACAAAGGAAUGCUAUAGAAUGGACACCUGUCGCCCCUAUACACAGAGGCAAUGGGACUUCACCUCUCGUUAUCUCUUACCCUUUAUAAGUAUGCGUUGUGUUAAACACAUGCACGCACACACGUACAUAUAUACACACGCGCUUUGCAAUUUCCAGAUCACCUAACCACCUCAAAUCCAUGACCUAAACCAGCCCAGGACCGUGCCUGCCAAGGGCAUGCCGACGUGUACAAACGGUGCCACAGCAUUUCCACUCGGUGGUGGUGAUUAAUACGCCUCUGUAAAAAAAAGUAUUUGCCGUUAUAACAGGGACCUCACUCCUGUUCCUGACACAGGGAAAAUUCGAAUACCGUAACUCACUCAAAGCCUUCCUUUCCUCUGUCCAGCCAUUAUAAUGAGGUUCUACUGUGUGUGUGUAUGUAUGUAUGCAUAUUUGUGUAUGUACGUAUAUUAUAUAUACUUAUGUACAGUGACAUAUUUCCACCCUCCCCAUGGUUAGCACCUGUUUUUGCAUAAAGUCACCACGUUAUAAUUACAGGAAGUAAAUCAUAUCAGGUUGCACUCCUCUUUGUGGCAAACAUAAACGAAACAAAUUUGAGGGGCAGCGGUGACGCUGUCGCCCGAUGUGCAGCGGAAAGGAUGUAACCAAAUCUAGCCAAAGGUCACCAAAGGUAGCCACCGUCAAAUGAUGAACGAAUUGCUGCUAAUUGUCAUUGCAGCCCCGCCAAACGCCACUCGUGAGCGCCUACUGCGCGACGCUGCGAGCGAACGCGCCACGCCACGCUCCCGCUACACAGAGUGCCACUGGAGCGCUGCGAGCCCGAUGUGUCAUUGCUCCCUGUACGACUGAUCGCGUGGGGCGAGCCGACCCGCAGGUGGAACGUGUUUUUCCCGCUGCCCGCCACGGUUCUGUUGGCGUGCGACUUUGAGCGUGGACCGACGCCUCUCUGCUUCCCGAGGAAACACUGCGUUUUCUUCAAGACGACGGAGAUGUAUUUAUUUAUUUAUCUAUUUAUUAGGCGGUAAAAUAAGGAUGCUUUUUCUUUUUUCUCGAGAAAUACUUUCCUUGCAGGAAUUUUACGUGCAAAAACCCAUCACGUUAUAUACUCAAUUUAUAACACACACACACACACGAGCGCGCGUGAAAGAAAGAGGCCAACAUUAUUAUUGCCCGUUGCGUGCGUGCGUGUGUGCAAAUGUAGUCAUUGUUGGAGCAGCAUUCAAAGUACGUUCCCGUGUUACGUUGAUGCCACAUAAAACCAGCCCAGCACCUCAUUAACCACAAUCAUUUCGCGACACAGAACCCGCAUGGGCUUCUUCCAUGCGGGGUGUAAAAGCGCGACUCCCGGGCGACUGCGGAGCGCAACAAGGCGGAUCGGUAGCGAGUGGCCAAAUCCAACAUUACGCAACUGCCGUUUUAACGAUCCUGAAAAAAAUAAUUUACACGGACGUGGAUUUUUAACCACCGAUACGUGGAAAACGAUGGGAAUAUCCUUGGAAAAUAAUGCCGGGGGUUCGCACGGCCUGUGAGCACCAUGCAGCCCUCACGCCGGAUGACCACAGGCAGAACAUGGGCCUCACUGUAGCGCACAUUCACUGCGUUGUGGGGUUUUUGUUUGUGUUGCUGUUUUCGUUGUUUUUAGCAUAGUUUGCCUCUGUUUAUUUUUUAUCUGUUUCCGUGUCCAUUCGCUGACGCAUUAAGCUGUUCUAGUUUUAGUUGUAAAGUUGCUAAUGUGUUGUGUGAAUUCCAUCAGUUUGCAUUUGAGCUAUUUUAAAGUUUUUACGAGAUGAAUAAAGAUUCUAAAUUAG